AGUUCGUUUCUGGAAGAGAUUAAGGCAGCAACAUGCCAUCGCCCAAGAAAAGAAGUGUGGAUAAAGCGGAUGGCAAGAAGGGCAAGGGUCAAGGAGCAGGCGGCGUGAAGGGAUGCUGCUGCAAGCGGUCGCAGUGCAUCAAGAACUACUGCGACUGCUAUCAGUCCAUGGCCAUCUGCACCAAGUUCUGUCGAUGCGUUGGCUGCAGGAACACAGAGGUGCGCGAGUUGGUGGACCCCAACUCCGUGGCCAAGAAUUCCAGCGCUGUGAAAAGGCAGAAGGCGGCUGCGAUGAGCGCCAAGGCAGCAGCCGCAGCUGCCAAGGCGGGCAUCGAUGUCCAGGGCAAGGCGCUCCAGGUGGCGGCAUCCACUUUGGCGUUGCCCGGCAAGGCGCUAAUGACGCCGCCAAAGUAUACCCUAGUGGCUGGCAAACCACCGAUGGCUAGUAGUCACAUUAACCCCAUACCCAUCUCACGACCCAUAGCGACUGCCGCCACUCCAGCCAGGGCAGUGAAGCAACCGGCGGAACCUCCGAUGCCCGUCAAUCUGAUCAUUCCGGUGCGGCACGACGAUCGCAGGGAUCGGAAUCUCUUCGUGCAGCCGGUGAACGCGGCUCUGCUGGAGUGCAUGCUCAUCCAGGCCACGGAAGCCGAACAGUUGGGCCUGAACGAGCUCCAAGUGUGCCAGCUGGUGCUCGAAGAGUUUAUGCGCGGCUACAAGAACAUUUUGGAGAAAAUAUGCGAGUACAGCAAGGAUUAUUAUUAACUCAAAACGUCAAAAUGGCUUAUUAAAUAGUUUCAAGGUCAAGAAUAACUUGAUUCCAUUUUUGGCUUAUAG